UGAGUACUAAUAUGGUGGGCGUCACUUCCUGUUUAUACGGUUUUUCAAUAUUUGACUAGUGAAAAGUGCAAGUGACUGGCAAGUCCAACAGCAAAUAAGCUGCCGCAUAUAGCCCCGCCCAGUGUGUUAUUUUCUACACAAUCCUCAGGUGACAAUGUCAAAGAGGAUGCAGAAUUUUCAUGGAAGCAAGAAGAGGAAGAAGCCCGGCACUAGCAGCAAAAAGCGUCGCCAUUGUCGGCCGCAGCCAUCCUACUAUAUCCAUCAGACAGACAACGACAUGCUGCUGCUCAUAUCCAAUGAUCUGGGGUCUGAGGACCUCCCACAAGGGUUAAACAAGAGGGCACGGAGGUGCUUAGAUGCCCCAGUUUCAGAGAUCCAGCAUAUCGCCAGUCCAGAGUCUACAACGGACCAUGGCUGGGGCAGUGCCAUGCCUCUAGAAAUCCUACAGAAGAUCUUCCAGCUGCUGGCAGACAGUGAGGGGUCCGUACCCACCUUGUGCCGACUUUCCUGCGUGUGUAGGAGGUGGUACGAGGCCGCCAGCACACCAGCUUUAUGGCACCGCGUAUCCUUAGGAUUCUGUUGGGUGGAACCUGGAAAGAAACAGCCACCUAGUACCCAAAAAAAGAUUAUUGAGACCGUGGAGAGUCUGAUAAAGGAGAGGUUAUCUCUUCUCUCUGACUUUUCACUGCAUCACUGGAAGGAACAUGUCCCAUUUGUGGUGAAGUCCUUGUCUGCCUCGUGCCCACUCCUUUCCUCCCUCACAUUAUCUCACUGUAGCGGAGUCACAUCGGAUGCCCUGCUCUCUGCAGCAUCUAACUGCGCUCAACUUCAAAGCCUCAACUUACAGAACUCACAGGUGGAGUCCCUGGCUGUACUUGGCACAUUUGAAGUGUGUGGCUCUCGCUUACAACGUCUUUUUCUGACUUACAGCAACAAGUCAAGUGCCAUCCUCAGUAGUUUAUCAAAUGGUUCCUGUUCCAAUUUGAAGAUUCUGGAGCUCAAUACUGAAAUAAAACAGGGAGAGAGUCACUUGCAGAUCUGUAUUGAGGCCUUGCAGAGUGGCUGUCCUAAGCUGGAGGUGUUACGUUUGCUGAACCUGGUGUGGUCUCCAAAAUCUGGAAGUCGUUGCUCCCCUGAGGCCCCUGGAUUUGUGGAGCUUCACGAACUGUGCUUGGCUACGUCUUCUUACUCAUUUGUGAGUGACACAGUGUGCCAGAAAUUGCUUAGAGACUCCUCCAAACUCCAAGUGCUGGAUCUGCGAGGCUGCUACAGGGUCACCCCUGAAGGGAUCUGCAAGCUGCCGUGCACAGAUCUGCAGCGUCUGUAUCUGGGGUUAUACUGCAGCACUAAGAACCUGGCAUUGCCACGCUCUGGCUGUGCCCUUCUUGUCCGGCGCUGGCAGCACAGCCUCCAGGAAUUGGACCUAACAGCUCAGAGUUACAGUGAGGAGGACCUGGCACAAGCCCUGGAUGUGCUCUGCAGGGGAGGAGUCAACGAGUCUCUGAGCUCGCUCAAUCUUGCAGGAACUAAGGUCACUGCACCCGCGGUCAGGGAGCUGCUAUCCAGCUGCCCCUCCCUCACUCACCUGGACUUGUCCUCAUGUCGGUACCUCCCCCGAGGGAUGAAGCGAGUGUAUCGCAGCACUGAGGAGAUAUGCAAGUGUCUGCAAGGGCUGCUAGAGGGUCUAGAGGUGGCACCGGAGGAAGAAGCCUGCAUGUAAUCAUCAGAUGCUGGUCACAAGGACUUCAGGACACCUUAGGGACAAAAAUACUUAAUCCUUUCUUGCACCAGCUGUUCUUCUGUUUUGUGCUGUCAUCUGAUUUGGGCCACAUCUCAAUGAGGAAAUAACUCAAUUUGCAUUGAAGACAUUUGUGUGCUUGUUGUGAGUGUGUUGUGUGUUUUGUGUCCUUGUUGUGAACUUGAGGUGAGCAUGUUGUGUGCUUGGUGGGAUCAUAUUGUGUGCUUGGUGUGAGUGUGUUGUGUGCUUGGUGUGAGCAUGUUGUGAGGGUGUUGUGUGCUUGGUGUGAGCGUUUUGUGUGUUGUGCGCUUGGUGUGAGCGUUUUGUGUGCUUGGUGGGAUCAUGUUUGUUUGGUGUAAGCGUGUUGUCUGCUUGGUGUAAGUGUGGUGUGUGUGUGAGCAUAUUGUCUGCUUGGUGUAAAUGUGGUGUGUGUGUGAGCGUAUUUUCUGCUUGGUGUAAGUGUGUUGUGUUUAUGUGUGAGCGUAUUGUCUGCUUUGUGUUUGUGUGGUGUGUGUGAACAUAUUGUCUGCUUUGUGUAUGUGUGGUGUGUGUGUGUUGUCUGCUUGGUGUAAGUGUGGUGUGUGUGUGUUGUCUGCUUAGUGUAAGUGUGGUGUGUGUGUGUGCAUGUUGUCUGCUUGGUGUAAGUGUGGUGUGUGUGAGCGUAUUUUCUGCUUGGUGUAAGUGUGUUGUGUUUAUGUGUGAGCGUAUUGUCUGCUUUGUGUACGUGUGGUGUGUGUGAGCAUAUUCUCUGCUUGGUGUAAGUGUGGUGUGUGUGAGCGUAUUGUCUGCUUGGUGUAAGUGUGGUGUGUGUGUUGUCUGCUUGGUGUAAGUGUGGUGUGUGUGAGCGUAUUGUCUGCUUGGUGUAAGUGUGUGUGUGUGCGUGUUGUCUGCUUGGUGUAAGUGUGGUGUGUGUGUUGUGUGAUGGUGAGUGUGUUGUGUAUCUGAGCGCAUUGUCUGCUUGGUGUGUGCGUGCUGUCUGCUUGGUGUGCCCAUUUUGUGUUAGUGUCUGAGCUGUUAGUGUUUGAUAGCUGAAUUGUCAUUACAAUGUGUGUGUUGUGGUGUCAGCAAUCAUUUGUGUUUUAUACGUGACGGCAUUAAUAUAAAUUUACAUAAAGCUACUAGUGGCACACUGUAUUACUGUUCAAUUUAAUAAAAAAAAUUUAUAUUAAAACAUAGAAA